AUGGCGACAAUGGUGGCGGCUGGCUCUCCACUAGCGGAGGCUUUGGCGAUUGCGAUUCAGCCGAAGUUGAUCGAGAUGGGCUGGAGCUCCGAUAGUGGGGAUGAUUCAGCGUUGAUCGAAUACGUGAUUCUAAUGCUGAUCAACGGCAAGACCCAAGAGCAAAUCGCGGGCGAACUUUCGAACGAUCUUCUGGGCCUCGGAGAGGGUGAUACGCAAGCUCUUGAUUUCUCUAGAUGGCUCUUUGAGCAAGUUGAGACUCUCAACCAACAGCUGAAUGGCGGUGGUGCGCCGACAACAUAUGAGGCUGGCCCCGUGCAAGCUAUUCCAUCCUUCACCGAUCAAGAGACGGCGACUCCUCAGCAGGCGAUUGCAGAAGACAGUGGAAUGGACGCUGAUGUGAGCAUGGGCAAUGGUGGUGUGAAUGAUGUGAUACCGACAGGUCCUAAAGCAAUGCGGAACGCUCGUCAGGGAGGGAGGGGCCGAAUGCUCAACCAGAUCAACAGAGCGAUGGAUCGUGGUGAUGGUGCUCUACAUCGCAUUCGUGGCCAGUCCGGCAGUGGAGCUGGAAGAAUCAACUCCCAUAGCAGAGAUCAUACGAAGGGGCGCUUCCAUCAGAACGGUGGCGGCAGGAUGGGAGGCGGACGCCAGGUGGGUGGAAUGGGCAUGGCUCCCAACCCGAUGGCAGGCGCAGGAAACAUGAUGAACAACAUGAGCCCGAAUGAUCAGAUGCACCUCAUGUCUCUUCUCGAGGAACAAGCUAGGAUGAUGGCACAGUUCAUGCCCGGAUUCGUCUCUCCAGCAAUUAACCCGGCUUUUCAAUCAAAUACCCCUCAGCAAGGCCGUUCGUUGUUUGACCGGGUCGAACGUCAACAAGACCGCCGGCACCAGGGUUCCUUUGGUAAUCGGGGGAAUAAGAAUGUGGAUGUCGAAAUGGAUACGAAACCCGACCAGACGCAGGAGGGAGAGCAGGAUGAAAGCAACACCAACGCCGUAUGUCACUUCAACCUCCGAUGCACUCGGAAGGAUUGCCCUUUUGCACACCAGUCCCCAGCAGCCCCCGAAGGCACGCCCGUGGAUGUCUCGGAUCCCUGCUCAUAUGGCGCCGCUUGCAAGAACCGAAAAUGCACCGGCCGUCAUCCCUCGCCGGCCGUGAAGUCCGCACACCAAGCCGAGGAGCUGUGCAAGUUCUUCCCUCAUUGUGCGAACCCCCAUUGCCACUUCAAGCACCCUUCCAUGCCACUGUGCCGCAAUGGAGCCGACUGCUCUGUAUCUGGCUGCAAAUUCACGCAUUUGCAAACCCCGUGCAAGUUUAAGCCCUGUCUCAACCCCAGCUGUCCAUACAAGCAUGAGGAGGGCCAACGAGGAGCGUUCCCUGAUAAGGUAUGGACGCCCGGCGAGGACAAGUCCCAUGUCAGUGAGAGGAAGUUUGUGGCCGAUGAAAACGCUACUGAGGAGCUGAUCAAGCCCGAAACUGCUGGGGAUGGCUUGGAGAGCCACGAGAUUGUGACAUGA